AUGACCAGAACCAAGCAGAAGCCUUCUUCUGCUUUGCAAAAGUUCAAGGCUCUCCGGACUGCAUCUAAGCGUCCUCUCCCCACCGAAAUGGGCGAUGGGCGCUAUGCUGUUGUUGCCAACCGCCCUGGGCUGCGGGAUGACCUUGGAAGAAUUACCAUGGAUGACAUCAGAACCCUCGUCGACAUCAUCUCGGAGAAGCUGUCUGGGAGGACCCAGCAGGACGACAAGACCAUGCUCAUGGAAAGGACAAUCCAACUCGUCUCCGGUCUUCCAGAUCACUCCAAGACCCAAGAAAUUCUCACGAACAACUUCAUCGACAAACUCUGGAACUCUCUUGACCACCCUCCCAUGAUUUACGUCGGACCCGAGUCAAAGUACCGCCACCCGGAUGGCUAUGGAAACAACCCGGUAAUGCCUGAGCUGGGUAUGCGUGGCCACAAAUAUGCUCGAUCAUGUGCACCCAAGACGCUUCAGCUUGGUGCGCAGCCUGACCCUGAAGCUGUUUUCGAGGCUGUCAUGGCUCGCAGUGGGUUCCGGCAGAGUUCCAACAAUGUCUCCAGCAUCUUGUGGUAUUGGGCUACCAUCAUUAUCCACGACAUCUUCUGGACCGAUAUGCACGACCAGAACAAGAACAACACUUCUUCUUACCUUGACCUCGCUCCUCUGUACGGAAACUCUCAGGAGGCCCAGAAUUCCAUCCGCACGUUCAAGGAUGGCAAGCUCAAGGUGGACACCUUUGCCGACAAGCGCAUGAUUGGCAACCCUCCGGGGGUGUGCAUCCUUCUGAUAAUGUUCAACCGAUUCCACAACCAUGUGGCAACCACCCUGGCCGAUAUCAAUGAGGGCGGCCGCUUCCCCAAGCCAACUCCGGAGAUGAGCAAGGAAGAUGCCGCAAAGGUGUGGAAGAAGUAUGACGAGGAGAUCUUCCAGACGGCCCGACUUGUCACCUCGGGCUUGUACAUCAACAUUACUCUCAUAGACUAUGUGCGGAAUAUUGUCAACCUCAACCGUGCUGACACCACUUGGACCUUGGACCCUCGUCAGGAAAUGGGCGUGGCUGUCGGCACCAAGGAAGGGUCGGAGGCUGGCGUGGGUAACGUUGUGUCGGCCGAGUUUAACCUCUGCUAUCGAUGGCACUCGUGCAUUUCGGAGAUGGACGAGAAGUGGAUUGAAAAGUUCUUUGGCGACCUAGUUGGUGAGGACCACUACGACCCCGACAGCGUGGAUGUCAAGACCCUCAUGAUGGCGAUGAAGAAGUUUGAAAUGUCCAUUCCAGAGGACCCCGCUGAACGCACAUUCAACGGAUUCGAACGCGGCCUUGAUGGGCGAUUUGACGACGACGAGCUCAUGGAGGCCCUUGCUACUGCCAUCGAGCAGCCUGGUGGCGCUUUUGGUGCCCGCAACGUGCCGAGGGUUAUGAAGCCUGUGGAGAUGAUGGGCAUAAUCCGUGGUCGUCGCUGGAACCUGGCUGGUCUAAACGAGUUCAGAAAGCACUUCGGAAUGAAGGCCUACGACACGUUUGAGGAGAUAAACUCGGACCCAGACGUUGCUGAUCAACUCCGCAACCUCUACCAGCACCCUGACAAUGUGGAGCUGUACCCCGGAAUAGUUGCCGAGGAGGCUAAGGCUCCCAUGGUUCCAGGUGUUGGGAUCACACCGACCUACACUAUUUCUCGUGUUAUCCUUUCUGAUGCCGUGUCUCUGGUCCGCGGUGACCGAUACUACACCAACGACUACCAUGCCGGUAACCUUACCAACUGGGGAUUCAGGGAAGUCGAGUACGACUUUAACAUCAACCAUGGAUGCGUCUUCUACAAGCUGUUCAUACGUGCUUUCCCCAACCACUUCAAGGGCGACUCUGUGUAUGCACACUAUCCCAUGGUGACACCCGAGGAGAACAAGAGAAUCCUCAAAAGCUUGAAGCGCGACGGUCUCUUCAGCUUCGACCGCCCCAAGUUCAGUGCUCCGCGCACCGAUAUUACCUCCUAUGGUGCCGCCAAGAAAGUACUCAGGAAUCAGGAGAAUUACAAGGUCGACUGGCAAGAGGGCCUCGGCUUCCUCAUGGGAGAUUCUGGCCGCAAGUUCAUGCUGUCUGGUGAUUCAAAACUCCAUUCCGAGCAGAGAAGGCAUAUGCAUAGCCUCCUGUACACGGAUGGUUGGAGAGAGUCUGUCAAGGCCUUCUACUCAGCCACCGCAGAGCAUCUUCUGUCCGAGAAGGGGUACAAGAUUGCUGGAAAAUCCCAGGUCGAUAUUGUGCGCGAUGUCGGAAACCUGGUGCACACGCAUUUUGCUGCCCAUAUGUUCAACAUCCCCCUCAAGACUCGAGAAAACCCCAAGGGCGUAUUCACUGAGCAGGAGCUGUACCAGGCUCUUUCUGUCAUCUUCACGUGCAUCUUCUUUGACAUUGACCCCGCAAAGAGCUUCCCCUUGAGGCAGGCCGCCAAGGAGGCGGCUGACAAGAUUGGCGGUGCCGUCGAGAUGAAUGUUAAGUUGGCUACCAUGUUCGGCAUCAGCGGUCUUUUUACAUCCAAGAGCGGAAAUGACCCACUGUCUAGAUAUGGUGUCAACAUGGCCAAAGGUCUGAAAAAGUCUGGACUGAGUGCCCAUGACAUUGCUUGGAGCCAGAUCCUCCCCACUGCUGCAGCCAUGGUACCCAAUCAGGCCCAGGUGGCUAACCUGUAUACUUCAAAGUUUGCCCAAGCUCUUGACUGGUACCUUUCCCCAGAAGGCCAGCCGUACCUGGAGGACAUCCGCAGCGUGGCGGCCAAGCAGUCCAGCCCCGAGUCCGACGCCUUGCUUCUUGGUUAUGCUAUGGAGGGUAUUCGCAUGGCAGGUACAUUUGGGUUAUACCGCAAGGCUGAGAAGGAUGACACCAUAUUGGAGGACGACGGACGCGAGGUCAAGGUCAAUGCUGGCGAUCGCGUCUUCAUGUCAUUUGUAUCCGCCGCCAAGGAUGCCAAGCACUUCCCUGAGCCGGACCGGGUAAACCCCGAGCGUCCUCUCGAUUCUUACAUUCACUAUGGCGAUGGUCCCCACAUCUGCCUUGGUCGCGAGAUCAGUCAGGUUGCUCUGACGGAGCUUUUCCGUGUCGUCUUCCGCAAGAAGAACCUGCGCAGGGCUCCCGGGCUUCAGGGCAUGUUGAAGAAGGUUCCUCGUCCCGGAGGUUUCUUCGUCUACAUGACGGAGGACUGGGGAAGUCUUUGGCCCUGGCCCACCACCAUGAAAAUUAUGUGGGAUGAGUAG